AUGGCAAUGAAAUUUUUGUUAGCUUCCUGUAUUUCGGCUAUUGUUACAUAUGUUUUUGUUAGUAUAUCGCUUUUUACACCAGCAUGGGUAUCUGCAAAAGUAUCCGCAUUUGGUUUAUCAGCAAAAAAAUCUGCUGGUAUCUUUCCCUGGGGUUGUGUAUCCGCAAAUACUUGUAGUUUAUUUUGGAAUAAUGCAGACGGUUGGGCAAUUGUCCUUUUCCUAUCGAUGCUUUUUGCAUGGAUCGUUCAGUUUUUCGCAGUAGUUUCAAUUAUCCUAGCAGUGGUUAUCCAGAGGUAUCGUUGUACUCUUACACGAGGAUUUGUUGGUAAACAAACACUAGUAACCAUUCUUCUUCUAUUCACUCUUAUAGGAUAUGGAGCUACUUAUGAUCGUAGCGCAGGAGUCUACUUUUCUAUCGGUGUGACAUUUUCGCUUGACUCUUCUUACUGGCUUUGCCUUGUCGCCACCAUAUUCUCCAUCGUUGCAAUGGGAUUCGGUGGAACAACAGUCAAACAAGCUCGACACUGCGAAUGGAGAUAA